UAAAUCCAACAUGGACGGCGUUUCAUCUUUCGAAGAAAGCGGUCAAAAGUGACCGACAAUUUCUGUGAUUUUCUGUGUUUUGGCGACAGAUAGGACCCGCAGCUAUGGCGGACCCGUUCACCAGGAGACUGCUGCGCGUGUGUGUGGCGCAGAUAUGUCAGACGUUGGGCUGGCACGCCGUACAGACGACGCCUUGUGAGGUGCUCACAGACAUACUACACAGGUAUCUGGAGCAGGUAUCCAGAACAGCCCACAGAUACAGUGAACAGUUUGGUCGGACAGAGCCAAACCUGGAUGACCUCGGACUGGCGUUCGGUGACCUGAGCAUGAACCUGCAGGAGAUAGAACACUACAUCGCUAAUGUGGAGCCGGUGCCGUUCGCGCACCAGCUGCCCAGGUUCCCCCUCCCUAAGAACAACUCACUCAACAUCCCUGAACCAGGCAGUAAACAGGCCAGGGAGAGGAGGGGAUACAUCCCAGAACACCUGCCACCCUUACCUGCAGACAUGGAUGACCCAGAGGAGGAGCUGCCACAGUCUCCUGCAGCCAUGGACACCAGUCAGCCUCUGACCUCUGCAGAACCAGACCUACAUCUGGGUGCCCCCUCUGUUGCCAUGGAAACUGACAGCCUGUCUCCUCAUCUUGAGCAACGAGGGCUAAAGCGCCCCCCAACAGGUUAUGAGGGAACUCCACCCAAGAAGCGGCCAUACAUUGCACCCGAGGAAUCCCAGUCCACACCCUCUGCACUCAGCCGCAGUGGGUUCAGCUUGAAGGGAGAGGGGGUACUCCCCGAGGCCAGGACCCCCCCUCAGCCCAAGCCAGUCCCCCCAGAGCAGCCCAAGACUGUGCCUGUGCUGAAGAUAGCUCCUGUCCCCCCACCAGUCAGUAGUGCCAAUGGGUCAGCCCCACCAACAGCUGCAUCCCUCUCUAACUCUGGGGGCUUGUCCGUAACAGUCUCGAUGCCUUCAACUGUCUCCCAGUCUCCUGUCAAAAAACCCAAGAAGAAGCCCUCCAGCACUGGAGAUAAAGAGAAGGGCUUUAAGAUCAAGUCUAAGUCUCCUAAAGGAGAUGUGUUAAAGUCUCCAGCUAUCAAGGCUUCCCUGUUAACUCCCAAGUCACCCAAGUCUCCUUUAAGAAAGAAGUCUCCAGGCAAGUCACCGAAGAGACCCAAAUCCCCUGGAGCUGCCAAGUCACCAGGUAGGGCCAAGUCACCAGCUGUAUUCCAACCUCCAGAGAUCAAAAUUCCACCUGAAGAGCCUCCACCAAAAAGUCCAGAGUUCCCAUCUCCCCCUCCACGCCCUCCCAAGUCGCAGCUGGAGGCUUUGCUGGUGAAACGACCAGAGGUGCCGAAACCUGAGCCACUUCCCAUCAAGCCUGAAACGCCAGCACGCUCUCAGCUGGCCAGUCUGCUCACCAGGGAUAGCCUGGCACCCCAGGCUCCUCAGGCUCUGCCAGGUACCCUGGAAGAACCAGCAGACAAGGAAGAUGAUGAAGAUGAAGAUGACCUUGUCAUUGACCUGGAGGCAAACCCACGGAAGAAGUCCCAAGUGAACAUGGGGCACACGACAGUGGAUGAUGUCAUAGAUUCUGUCAUCUUAAACUUUCGACCAGCGAAACCGAAACAGCAGUCUGUGUACGAUUUUGAUGAGGAGGACAAUGAGCCUCCUCCGAAGCAGCUGGUCCCUCCGCUGUUGUUAACUGUCCCCAAGCAGGAGCAGAAAGUCGUGGAUCCCAAGGAGUCUGCUGCCAUGGAUGACUCCAUUGAUGCAGUGAUUGGCCGUCACGCUAAAGAACCCCCCACUCCUGAACCCAAGAUGACAGAGCCACCUCCUCUGGAGCAUCUUAAAGUGAGCGAGAAGGACAAAAAGAAGAUGAAGAAGGAAAAACUGAGGGCGAAGUUGAAAGAGAAGGAGAGACUGAAAGCCAGGGAGGAGACUGAGAAACCAAAGGAGUUUACAGAGAAACUUAAAAUCACAACAAACGCGGAGACAGGUUUGUCACUAGUGGCACGGAUGGAGCCAACACCAUCAUUAGCAGUCAAGUCAUCACUUCCACCUGCAGGGGCAUCCGAGGAAAGGGAUGACAGGGAUAGAGAGAAGAGGAGAAAGGACAAGAAGAAGAAAAAGAAGCGACAGAAGGAGAAACACCGGGAAAGAGAGCGGGAAAGAGAAGAAAAACACAGAAAGGAAAAGGCCCGGAGCCAGUCCCCUCCUCGGACCCCGCCUCCCCCUCCUGCCAUCCCCAAACUCACACUGAAGAUGGGAGGUGACUCAGGGGGCACCAAGAUAGUGAUAAAGACUCCCCUCCCCCCACCACCACCUGAGAGGAAGGAAAAACCACCGAAGGCAGAAAAGACUCCCAAGCCUGACAAACCACCCAAGUUUGAGAAAACCCCUAAACCUGAGAAGCCUCCCAAGCCUGACAAGCCUCCUAAACUUGAGAAAACCCUAAAGGCAGAGAAACCACCCAAGACAGACAAACCCUCAAAGACAGAAAGACGGAAGGAGCCCACAUCUCCACCAAGACCCCCUCGCCAGGCCACUCCCCCUCCACUGUCCCCUUCACCCCCUCCACCACCACAGAGAGCACUGUCCCCACCUUGGCAGCCCCCUUCUCCACCAAGGAACCCUCCUACCCCUCCUCAGCAACCCAUGAGUCCAGGGCCUUACCAACCCCCUCCCCCUCCCUACCCAAACCCCUAUUUCUAUGCCAUGCAGGCAGCUAUGGGUUUCCAGCAGAUACCCCCUGAACCCAUGUUCCAACCCCCCACUUCUCAGUUCCCCCCUCCUCCUCCUUAUCAGCUCCCACCCCCUCCAUACCACCCCCCUCCACCACAACCCUAUCCCCCUAUCACACAGGCCUUUCCUCCUGCACAAGUUCAGCCGUACCAGGAGCCUCCUCCCAUGCCUACCUUCCCACCCUCUCAACACCCCCCUGUUGCUCCACCCCCCCAGCAGCAGCCCACUCCCCCUCGGAGGCCAUCAGCAGCAGCUGCAGCAGCAGCAUCAACACCAACCCCAGCUGCCCCCCCUGCACCAAAGCAAGUCCAGAGAACGGUUAUCGCAGAAACCAUUGGCACUAUUGUGGGUCCUGAAGGAGAAACCAUCUGGAUCUGUCCAGCCUGUUCACGGCCUGAUGACGGCAGCCCCAUGGUCGGGUGUGACAACUGUGACGACUGGUACCACUGGCCAUGUGUGGGAAUCACAGAGGAGCCGACUGAAGACAAGUGGUUCUGUCCACGCUGCUCAGUACAGCCCAAAACUCUGGCCAAGAAAAAAACCAAGAGGAAAAAACACAAACCAUAACAUGGCUGUCAGCUUACAGCUGAGGUUAUGAACAAGCAGAGUAAAUAACUGGUUACAUUGUUAUGAAUAUUUUGUACAGUUAUUAAUAACAUUAUACAAGAGAAAAGCCAAAAACUGGUGGGGGCUAGCUAGCUGUGAACUGGUAUCAGAGAGAAUUAUCUGUAUGUAACAUUUUGUAAACUCAGAUCUAGAAGAAUAAAAGCAACUUGUAACAUAUUGUAUGUAUUACUCGGAUCCACAAAUUAAAAACACAAGAGGAAACACAAACUGAUAUUAUACAAUGGUAGUAGGGGUCAUGAUCUGAAACCAAAUAGAGCAUGUUGCUAAAACAUUUCAAACCCAUUGUGUAUCCAAGACCAAUUCAAAUAUAAAUGAAUCUAUUAAUAAGGUACAAAAUAGAAAAUACAGCAGGUAACAAGAAUAAACUUAAGGUUCUAUCUUAGGUGCAACCAGGUAAAGAAGUGGGACUUUAGAGAUCAAUGUGUUGAUAACAUUUUGCACAGUUGUGUCUAGACAUUUUUGAGCCUCCUUGGCAGGUUCUAUGAGUCAGGCUUUUUUAUGCGAUCAGAAAAAAAAGGCAUUAUAAUCCCCCCAAAAACUCGUCCAGCCUUCUAAGGUUAUGAGAAAUACAGAAGACUUCUUAAAUUUUGUAUGGAUAAAUCUUUACAUGUUAACCAGUUAUGAAAUACAUGUACUAUCUAUGUCUGACAACAUUAAAACAGUUCACCUGAAAUGAAAUGUAUUUAGGGGAAUUAAUAUUUGAUUUUUUUUUACAAAUGGAAAUUAACCAGAAAAAAGGUGAAAGUAACUUUAAACAGUGUAGAAUUUUCCCAGCUGUUUCUGAAUCAUUAUUGGUUAAUACUCAGGAAUAGAUUAGUUGCAUUAAGGAGUAGAUGGUUUAGAUGUACUAUUACAAGAAACAAACAAG